GACGGGCGUGUGACGUCACCGUGUUUGGUCGCCUGUGCCAUCUGUGUGCUCUGAAGCUAAUGCCAGUCAGUUCGCCAGUCUUCCCUUCUCACUUCAUCUAACAAUGGUCUGAAGAGGAAACCAUGAAUCUCCGAGGCGUUUUUCAAGAUUUCAACCCUAGUAAGUUCCUGAUCUACGCCUGUCUGCUGCUGUUCUCCGUUCUGCUGUCUCUGAGGCUGGAUGGUGUUAUCCAGUGGAGCUACUGGGCUGUGUUUGCUCCCAUCUGGCUCUGGAAGCUCAUGGUCAUCAUCGGGGCUUGUGUGGGCUUUGGGGUUUGGGCACACCAUCCACAGUACAGGGCUGAGGGUGAGACGUGUGUGGAGUUUAAGGCCAUGCUGAUCGCUGUGGGGAUCCACCUGCUCCUGCUCACCUUCGAGGUGCUGGUGUGUGACCGUGUGCAGCGGGGCUCACACUUCUGGCUCCUGGUCUUCAUGCCGCUCUUCUUCGUCUCGCCGGUCUCGGUGGCGGCGUGCGUGUGGGGAUUCAGACACGACCGGUCGCUCGAGCUGGAGAUCCUGUGCUCUGUGAAUAUUCUUCAGUUCAUCUUCAUCGCUCUGAGACUGGAUAGGAUCAUCAGCUGGCCGUGGCUGGUGGUGUGUGUGCCGCUGUGGAUCCUCAUGUCCUUCCUGUGUCUGGUGGUGCUCUAUUACAUUGUCUGGUCUGUGCUCUUCCUGCGGUCCAUGGAUGUCAUCGCAGAGCAGCGGCGAACACACAUCACGAUGGCCAUCAGCUGGAUGACUAUAGUGGUGCCUCUGCUUACCUUCGAGAUUCUUCUCGUUCACAAGCUGGAUGGUCAUUAUAACUCCAGCUACGUCCCGGUGUUUGUUCCCCUCUGGGUUUCUUUGGUGACUCUAAUGAUGACAACGUUUGGCCAGAAAGCAGGCAAUCACUGGUGGUUUGGGAUUCGCAAAGACUUCUGCCAGUUUCUUCUGGAGCUCUUCCCCUUCCUGAGAGAGUAUGGCAACAUAUCAUAUGACCUGCACCACGAGGACUCGGAGGUGUCCGAGGAACUGCCCAUCCACGAGGUGCCUAAAAUCCCUCCCAUGUUUCAUAAGAAGACGGGUGUGGUGAUCACUCAGAGUCCUGGCAAAUACUUCGUGCCGCCGCCCAAACUGUGCAUCGACAUGCCAGACUAACAUUCAAAACUCUGUUCAUGAACAGCACAGCACUAUGCACUGAGCUCCGCUUCAGGACGUGCCAUUUACAAAGAAAAAUACAAUCUACACAGAUGCUUCUCCUGAGACUCUUAAACUCAAAUACUGACUCCCAAGCAUUUUGUGUACCAUAGCCUUGUGUCUGUAAAAUUCAUAGAUGGGACGUGUUGCCUUCUGGAGCGGAUCUUUGAACUUUCCAGACAACUCAAAGUCAAAGGACUCGCCGAGAGACUGUCUAAUCUGUAAAUAAGCAAACAGUUUUGUUUUUUACCAGUUGUGUUUUCUCUGUGUUUUAAAUCUGUGUAUGGUGUAGGCAUUCAGUCACUCAUCUGUCGGUUCUUAGUUUUCUCCAAACAUUCGUUCUUAA